CACACUGUAUAUUCAUAUUCAUAAAAUCAUACUCAUAUUUAAGUAUAUAUAUAUAUACGUCCCUCCCCUUCCCUUCCCUUCCCUUCCACUUUGCAUUUGUUUUCUCCCCUCCCAUUUUUCAAGAAAGGAUAUUCCAAAAACACAAAGAUCCCACAACAAAGCAAAAACUCUUUCACCAUGAGAGGAGCCCACGGCAGCGCGUGCUCUCUCCUCGCCGCCCUCUCACUCCUCCUCGCCCUACAUUCCGCCAAUGCCGACAAUCCCUACCGAUACUAUACCUGGAAGAUCACCUACGGCGACAUUUACCCCCUCGGCGUCAAACAACAGGGGAUUCUGAUAAACGGGCAGUUCCCUGGGCCGACGAUCGACUGCGUCACCAACGACAACUUGAUUAUCAGCGUCUACAACUACCUCAACGAGCCAUUCCUCCUUUCAUGGAACGGGUUGCAGCAACGAAGGAAUUCCUGGCAGGAUGGAGUGGCCGGAACAAACUGUCCGAUCAUGCCUCGUAGAAACUUCACCUAUGCCCUACAAGCAAAAGAUCAGAUUGGGACUUAUUUCUACUUCCCAUCACUUGGACUCCAUAAGGCUGCUGGAGGAUACGGAAGCAUCAAAGUCUACAGCCGUCCUCAAAUUCCUGUACCUUUCCCCCCGCCUGCUGGAGAUUACGUCGUACUUGCUGGGGAUUGGUUCAAGAGAAGUCAGAGACAACUGAGAUAUUUCGUGGAUGGUGGUCAUAAUCUCCCAUUCCCCGAUGGCCUCAUUAUCAACGGACGUGGUUGGAAUGGAUACACGUUCACCGUUGAACAAGGCAAAACAUACAGGUUCAGGAUAUCGAAUGUCGGGACUGCUACAUCCUUCAACUUCAGGAUUCAAGGACACUUGAUGAAGCUGAUUGAAGUAGAAGGAUCUCACACAGUCCAGAACACUUACUCCUCUCUCGAUGUCCAUCUUGGCCAGUCUUACUCAGUCUUGGUCACAGCUAACCAGCCAGCAAAGGACUAUUACGUUGUGGCCUCGUCUCGUUUCACUUCCAAAGUGCUCACCGCCACUGCUGUCCUCCAUUACCGUAACUCAUUCACAAAAGUCUACGGUCCUCCACCCGGUGGACCUACCACCGAGGUUGAGUGGUCUCUCAACCAGGCAAGAUCCAUCCGCCGGAACCUGACAGCAAGUGGGCCACGACCCAAUCCACAGGGCUCGUACCAUUAUGGGCUGGUGAAGCCGGUUAAGACCAUCAUCCUUGCCAACUCUGCCCCGGUUAUCAAUGGAAAGCAAAGAUAUGCUGUGAAUGGUGUGUCGUAUAUCUCCCCGGACACCCCUUUGAAGCUCGCAGACUACUUCAACAUCGGAGGUGUGUAUAGCACUGGAAGCAUCUCCGACAGACCUAACUGGGGAAAUGCCUAUCUUGCCACCUCCGUCAUCCAAGCUAACUACCGGGCUUAUGUAGAGAUCGUGUUUCAGAACUGGGAGAAGACUGUGCAGUCAUGGCACUUGGAUGGAUAUUCCUUUUUUGUAGUAGGAAUGGACGGAGGCCAGUGGACCGAAGCAAGCAGAUCGCGCUACAACUUGAGAGACACAGUCGCACGCUGCACCACUCAGGUGUAUCCGAGUUCUUGGACUGCCAUUUACGUAUCGUUGGACAAUGUGGGAAUGUGGAACAUAAGAUCCGAGGAAUGGGCGAGGCAGUAUCUGGGGCAGCAGCUGUACCUUAAGGUGUACACCUCAUCCACAUCGUAUAGAGAUGAGCUUCCGAUACCCAAAAACGCUCUGCUUUGUGGGCGAGCGAAGGGCAUCGCACCAGACCUUUGUAGAAGACUGUGGCACACUCAUCGUCACGAGAGGGUGACUGAGCUUACUGUAGCAGCUCAACUUGAGCUCUCAGUUUGAUUCUUGACUAGUUUAUCAGAAUUGAUUUUGUACCACAUUUAUUCUAAUGGAAUGGGAAUCAUCACUACUGCCUUUUCAGAAUCUUGAUGUGUGUUUUUCAUGUUCCCAACAAACAUUCACCAAAGUUUAGGGGUGUGCAAGAAUUUGAUGAUGAGUAAACAAGUAUAAAGUAGAUGAACAAACUGAUUUGGGAUGAGUUUUUAGUAGCCUAUAUAAAGCAGUCCUCUUUCCUCUCUUCUUCAUCCAGAAUCAUAGAUUCAACAUUCAAAACAAGGAAAAAUGGCAAUGAAGGUUAUUGUGUUCCUAUUGGCUGCAGCGGCAUUUGUGAGCGCGAUCAACGGGAGGACUAUAGUGGUUCACAAGAGCGGGGCUGACAUGGAGGCGGAGCAUUUCCGCCCCCACUUCAAGCCAUAUCCCGGCUUCCUCGGUGGAUACAGAGGCGGCGCUGGUGGCUUUGGAGGAUUUGGCGGAGGAUUCGGCAAAGGCGGAGUUGGUGGAGGAUUCGGUGGGUGGGACGGGUCGAGUGGCAGGGCCGGGAGAGGAGCUGGUGGGAUUGGAAGCAGCAAGCGUGGUGGUGGCAAGAGCCACGCUGGCAGCAGUGGCGGUGACGAGAUUGGUGCACCUGGUGACUAUUCUGACGAUGGAUCGUCUCCAUGAAUGCAAGAUGGUUGAGUCGUAUUCCGUUGAUAACAUAAAUCUAUCUUAUCAUUUUAUAGUUUGUCGAACUAAUAUGUAACCAAACUUGAAGCUAUUCAAUUAUAAUUAUACUCACAUUAUAUUACCAUGA